CGAAAAUGUCCGUAGUGGCGAAGCGUUGCGGGGUCAAGUUCAGUCCUCCCUCCAUCGUCCUCAUAUACGAGAACGAAAACAGCAGCAAGACGAGGAAGAGAGUCAUCCCCGUGAGGAACUUCUCUCAGUAUUCAGACUGCGGCCGAGCGGCGGAGCGGCUGAAGCACCACGUCCGGCACGGCGCCUUCCUGGAGUCGGUGUCCCUGGCUCAGCUGGAAAGGCUUCACCUCGUCCUCCGGGAUCAUCUGAAGGGGGUGAGUCUGGAGGAGAGCCUCGCCGCCCGCCGGCCGCCGGACCCGGGCUCCGAGGACCUGAACAGGCUGAGCGACGGCGAGCUGAAGCGCAGGAAGGCCGACAUGGACCGGCUGUUCGAGCGCAACCGCAAGCGCAGGGAGGACCCGGGCUUCGUGUACGACCUGGAGGUGGACUUCCCGGAGAGCAGCGGGAGAGAGACGUGCAGCUGGGACGAGGAGGCGUCCGACGACGAGGGCUUUUAGGGCGUCUCGAGGAGCACCGUUUCACGAGCACUUUUUGUGUUUAGUGCAUCCGGUUGAUUCUUUUACUUACGAUAGAGGCGGAAAUGAUAACGCUUUUGUAUUUAAUAAAUGUAUAAAAUAAAUGU